AUGGCACCAACUUGGGGGCUGGCCAUCCCAUUGCCAUCGCAUGUCAGCCUUCUACUACUAUUUGGUUCCCUUGUUUGGGGGUUUUGGGUGUUGUUUUCUGGAAAAUGGGGCUGGAAGCAAGUGGCAGCCAAGAGAGACUCAGAGGCUUCGAAGCAGCAUAAAUUGAAAAAGAUCCAGAAGGACACAGGUCAGAAAGACCCUAUCCUUUACUCUUCAGAUCAGUUUGUUUCAGGACUCCCUGUGGGCUGGACCCAGGAGUAUAUACUCUGGUCAAUGGACAGGAGUCUUCAACAGAUCUUCCGACACCUGGAAAGUGCAAGAUCAAGUCUUCUGGCAAUGGGUUUGCCUGAAUCACAGGAUAUAAUUUCUUCCUGCACCUCCUCUGUUCUUGUGGCUCAGAAGGCUAUUCUACCCUGUUGUGACUGUAAGAAGGAAAAACAUUCUAUUGACCAUAGCAUCUCCUCUGGAUCAUCAUGUAAUAAUUCCAGCCUGUCUCACCUUCCUGUCUUUUCUGAAGGAACAACCUGGCAAUUCCAAAGCCAUAGUUUACCUGUUUCCCCCAAAAAGCAACGAUCUGUGUUCAGGAACCAAGGCACCUCCCUGCCUCCUUUUCAGCUGUCAGAGCCUGAAAAAUCAAAACUUUUUCAGAAUUUGAUAGAUCAUUCACCCUUACAACCUCAAAGCUCUUUUAGCAACUCUAUUUUUGGACCCCUAAAUAUCUACAAACAAGAGAAAACAAAAGGUGAGAGAAGGAGCAAGAGGCAUUUGACAUCAGAUCAUGGGCCAAAUUCUGUUUCCAAGGAAAGACUACGACUCCCAAGGUUGGCUCCAAUCCAGCUCUCUCCUUUGGCUAGAGGGGAGCUAGAAGGACAUAUGUCUUGGAAGGUUUGUACUUUGCAGAAACAAAAGCUGCCUCUGCCUGUGAGGGAAUCAUGGGCAAUGCUGAAUUAUUUAAUCGAAGUACAAGGAGGAGUCCCUGAACCAGAGAAACCCCAAAGUCAGUUAUCUAUGCCCAUUUAUCAAAGCACUGAACAAAAUAUCAACAAUAAAUCCCCAGACCUUCCAUCAUUUCAGCUCCAUGUGAACAUUGGGGUGGAAUCUGGAUUAAAUAGGACAGAAACAGAAUUUUCACAGUCACUUACCUCAGAUAAGCAGUUACAACCUGUGGAUGGCCCCCAAAUCCUUGGAUCCAAGCCUUUAGUUACAUCAAUGAACACUCCAGCUUCCAGAAGUUUAGGAGUUAACAUAAUUCAAGAGAAAACCACUUUACUGAAGAAAGACCCAAAACAUGUGCUACAGCUCGGUAUAGAGCCGAGGGUCAUAGGUCUUCCAGAAAAAAGGAUACAACAGCAUAAGCCACAAACAACUAAUGUGGAGUUGACUCCAAUGUUACCAUAUCAAGUCACAGAUAGUAUAAAGGUAACUCCAUUGGCAUUACUUCAGGUCAUGGAUUCAAUGGGGAUGAUCCCAGAAUCACAUUCAAAAGUGAUAGAAUCAGUGGGUUUGUUCCCACAGCCACCAAAUCAAGUUGUAGCACCAGUGGAUGCCAUGGAGACAGGGAGGGUAAUGCCAAAAUCACCAAAGCAAGUCAUUGAAUCAGUGGAGGUCACCCCAAGGCCUCAGCACCAAGUUAUGGAACCAAAGAGGAUGGCCUCAGGACUACUGAAUCAAGUCACAGAUAAUGUGAAGGUAACUCCUGUAGCACUUCUUCAAGUCAUAGAUUCUAUGGGAAUGAAUAACAAAUCACAUCCACAUAUAGAAUCAAUGAGAAUGACCCCAACACCACAAUAUCAAGUCAUGGAGUCAGUGAAGAUGAACACAUUGUUGGAUCAUGAAGCCGUAAGACCAGAAAAGAUGAGUCAAAGGCCACAAGAUGCAGUCAUGGAAACUGUGGAAACUACCCCGGGACUGCAGCAUAAAGUCAUAGAACAGGUGAAGAUUACUCCAGGGCCAAAACAUCAAAACAAAAAAUCAUUGGAAAUGAUCUCAGCACCAUUGCAUCAAGUUAUGGAUAUCAUAAAAGUAACUCCAGUAGCACUAUUACAAGCCAUGGAUUUCAUGGGGAUAAUUCCACCAGCACAGCCUCGUGUUAUAGAACAUGGGUGUUUAACCCCAGGUUCACAGUUGCAAGGUAUGGAAUCUGUUCAUUUGGCCCUACCACCAGAAUUUCAAGAUUUAAACACUGUGGAUUUGACCUCAAGACCACUAAUGGAAGAUACAAUGUCUAUGGAGUUGGCCCCAAGGCCAUGGUCACAAGAUACCAGAUCUAAGAAGAUAGCCCCAGUACUGUUGCUUGAAGAUGUAAAAACUCCUCAAAUGGUAGCAUGUAGGAAGCUAAUUCCUGAGACACAGAUGCAAAGUAUGGAAAAAUAUGGGGAGUUGAUCAAACAGACACAACUUCAAGUAAUAAAUUCUGCAGAGAUGAACCACAAACCAGAUCAUCAAGCCACAGAGCCUGAAGGAUUGACCCCAUGGCAUCAAUCCUCAGAAUUUUUAGGGAUGAUCUCAGGGCCAGGAUAUCAAGGAACAGAAGCAAAGUUGACCUCUGACACUUGUCACCAAGUGGAAGAAUCUAUUGCCUUGACACAGUCAUUUUUAGGAAUUAUUCCAGGGCCAUUGAGCCAAACUUCAGAAUCUAUGGAGGUGAGCUCAUUGUCUUUCCAAGGCACUCCUGAGACAAUACACCAUCUUGUAAAAGCAAUGGGGGAAACUCCAGUGUCACAACAUACAAUAAAAGAAUCUCUAGAUUUUAAACAAGGAUCAGAAAUGCAAAGGGUGAAAUCAGAGAUGUUGACCCCAGUGCCACUAUCAUAUUCAGAAACAGGAUCUUUGGAGUUGACUCUAGGACCAGAGAUACAACAAGAGAAAUCAGAGCCACUACUGCAACAUUUGAAAUCUAUAGAGUUAACUGGUAUGGCAUCCCCAUUAAUGGUAGGAUCUAAAAAGUUAAUUACAGGACCAAAACCACAUGUUAUGGACUUGACCCCAGGGCCACAGUUGCAAAGUGUCCAAUUUUCAAAAUUAUCUCUAGGGCCACUUCUUCAAGGAGAAAAACCUGUAGAUUUAAUCUCAGGACCCCCACAUUAUGGUGUGAAAUCUGAUGAAUUAACCUCAGAUUCCCCAAUGCAGGAAAUCAAAUUGUCACAUUUUACUCCAGGGCCAAAGCAUCCAAGUGUCAAAUCUGUACAGUUGACUCCAGAACCACAACCUCAAAGUGUGAAACUUGUGGAACUAAACCCAAGACCCGGCUUGCAAGAUGUCAAAUUUUCUGAUUUGAUUCCAGAACCAAAGCUUCAAGAUUUCAAACAUGUGCAGUUGAUUCCAGGAGUUCAGCUUGAAGAUAUAAAUUCUCUAGAGUUUGUACCAGAGUCAUCUUUGCAGUUAAGCCAAGGGCCAUAUGUAGAAGUUAUGAAAUCUGUUCUAUCCACUGAAGGAUCACAGUUUCACAGCAAGAAGUCUAUGAAUUUGACCUCAGAACUACAAUUUCAAGAUAUGAAAUCUGAGGAAGUAAACCUAGGGCUAUGGCAGCAAGGUGGAAACUUUUCUGAAUUGACUUCAAGGCCAAAGCUUCAAGGUGUCAGAUUUGGGGAGCCAACCCCAGGACCAAUGUUUCAUGGUGUGAAGUCUGUGGAGGUGGCUCCAGAGUUAGGGCUGCAAGAUUCCAAGUUAGCAAAUGUAUUUCCAGAGCCUCAAGGUAUGAAUCAGGUAGGGCUUAACCCACAGCCAUGGCUACAAGAUAUCAAAAUUUUUGAUUUGACACCAGGAACUCAACCUCAAGGUAUGAAAUCUUCAGAGUUAAAUUCAGGGCCUCAGCUACAAUGUGUAAAAUAUUCUGAGUUGAUCCCAAGGCCAAAGAUACAAGCAGUAACAUCUACGGAGAUGGCCUCAGAGCCAGAGGGGAAAGAGGUUAAGCCUGAGUUAUUAGUACCAGAGCCACUGUUUCAAGGUGUAAAAUAUGUAGCAGGGAACAAGGUGCCAAAGUUAGAAGUUGAAAUUUCUUGUAAAUUAGUCUCAGAGCCACAGAUACCAGAUGCAGAAUCUAUGGAGUUGACUCCUGGGCCACAGUUGCCAAAUGUAAACCAUUCUAAGUUGACCAGAAAACCGCAGUUGCAAAGUGUGAACUCUUCUGAAUUGAUCCAAGGAUCACAGUUGCAAGAUGUAAAUCUGGUGGAGUGGACCCCAGGCUUAAAGCUUCAAGAUUUAAAAUCUGAGAUGCUGAUCCAAGAGCCACAGCUAGAAGAUAUGAAAGCUGUGGAGUUAACUCCAGUGUCAUAUUUGGGAGGUAUGAAGUCUAUGCAGUUAACACCAAAGCCAGAAUUGGGAGAUGUCAAAUCUCUGGGAUUAAUCCCAGAGCCACAGGCAGAAGGUGUGGAACUUGGGGAGCUAACCCCAGACUCAAAGCCUCAAGGUUUAAAAUCUGAGUUGCUGCCCUCAGGAUCACAGUUGGAAGAUAUGAAAUCUGUGGGCUUAACUCUAGGACCAUGCCUUGAAGGUAUGAAAUAUGUGGCGAUAACCCCAAGUCCACAGCUGGAAAGUGGGAAAUCUGUGCAGAAAACCUUGGGUUCACAGAGAGAAGAUGUCAAAUCUGUGGAAUUUACCCCUGAUUCCAAGCUUAAAAGUGCAAAAUCUAUGGAGCCUACUCCAGGUUUAAGAAUUCAAGAUUUAAAAACUGGGCAGUUCAUACCAGGUACACAGCUGCACGAUUUGAAAGCUGUGGAAUUAAAACUUGGGCUAAAGAUGCAAGGUGUGAAGUCUAUGGCUUUUGCAUCAGGUCCAUUGCUUCAAGGUGUUAAAUCUAUGGAAGUGCUUCAAGGACCUAAUCUACAAGAUUUGAAACCUGAGAAAAUGACUUCAGAGCCACAAAUGCAAGAUAUGAAAUUUGUGGAGAUUAUCCCAUAUUUAAAGCUUCAAAGUUUAAAGUCUGUAGAAGAGACUCCAGAUCCACAGCUGCAAUGUGUAAAAUCUGUGAAGAUGAUCCCAAGGCUAAAGAGGUCAGUACUAAAAUCUGUGAAGGGACCCAGAAAACAAGAGUUUGAAGGUGCAAUAUCUGUGGAUUUAGCCCCAAAGCAACAGUUUCAAGGGAUGACACCUGUGGAUUUAUCUCCUGGGCCUGAACAGGAUGGUCAGAUAUCUGAAAACACACUAGAGCAGCAAUGUGUGAAUUUAUGGCAAUUGAAGAGAGGGUCUGAGCCAGAAGAUGUAAUGUCUUUGGAGUUAAUUCCAGAGUCAAAAUCUGAAGAUGUAAAAUCUAUAGACCUCAACUCUGAGCUACAGUUGAAAGGCAUGAAAUCAUUUGAAUUGACUCCAGAACCAAAUAUGCAAGAUGUAAAAGCUAAAGAGUUUGAAUGUAAAUCACAGUUGCAAAGUAUGGAAUCUCCUAAGUUGACCCCAGGACCACAGUUGCACCAAGUGAAAUCCUUGGGAUCAGCCUCAAAGCCACAGCGUCAAAGUACGAAAACUGUGGAGUUAAACAAAGAGCCAGAGCUCGGAAGAAUGAAAUCUCUUCAGUGGAUGCCAGGGCCUGAAUUCCAAGGUGUGAAAUCUAUAGGGUUAAAUCUUGGGUCACAGUCUCGAGGCUUCAAACCUGCACAGUUGAAACCUUCAGUACAGUUUGGAGGUGUGAAGUCAUUUGAAUUGACUCUAGGGCCAAAACUUCGAGGUGCAAAAUCUACGGAGUUUAACCGUGGGCCCCAGUUGCAGUGUGUGAAAACAUCUGAGUUGUCUCCAGGAGCACAGCUGCAAAGAGGGAAAAUACUAGUGUCAACCUUAGAGCCACAGCUUCAAGGUGUGAAAACUACGGAGUUAAACCAAGAGCCACAGCUUGGAAGUACAAAAUCUGUGCAGUGGAUGCCAAGACCUGAGUUCCAAGGUAUGAAAUCUAUAGGGUUAAAUCUUGGGUCACAGUCUCGAAGCUUCAAACCUGCAGAAUUGAAAACUUCAACACAGUUUGGAGGUGUGAAGUCAUUUGAACUGACUCUAGGGCCAAAACUUCAAGGUGUAAAAUCUAUAGAGUUUAACCGUGGGCCACAGUUGCAGCAUGUGAAAAUGCCUGAAUUGUCCCCAGGACCACAGUUGCAAAGAGGGAAAAUUCUGGUGUCAACCUCAGAGCCCCAGCUUCAAGGUGUAAAAACUGUGGAGUUAAACCAAGAGUCACAGCUUGGAAGCAGGAAAUCUCUUCAGUGGAUACCCGGACCUGAGUUCCAAGGUGUGAAAUCUAUAGGGUUAAAUCUUGGGUCACAGUCUCGAGGCUUCAAACCUGCACAGUUGAAACCUUCAGUGCAGUUUGGAGGUGUGAAGUCAUUUGAAUUGACUCUAGGGCCAAAACUUCGAGGUGCAAAAUCUACAGAGUUUAACCGUGGGCCCCAGUUGCAGUGUGUGAAAACAUCUGAGUUGUCUCCAGGAGCACAGCUGCAAAGAGGGAAAAUACUAGUGUCAACCUUAGAGCCACAGCUUCAAGGCAUGAAAACUGUGGAAUUAAACCAAGAGCCACAGCUUGGAAGUAUGAAAUCUGUUCAGGGGAUGCCGAGAUCAGAGUGCCAAGGUAUGAAAUCUGUGCUAAAUCUUGGUUCACAAUCUCAAGGUGUCACAACUGUAGAAUCGAAAUCCUCUAUAAUACAAUUAAGAGAUGUGAAAUCAUCUGAGUUGACUCCAAGUCCAAGGCUCCAAGGUGUACAACCUUUGGCAUCACUCCGGGAGCAUCAGCUUCAAGGGUUCAAACCUAUUGAUUUGAAACCUGGGCUACAGUUGAGAAGUAUGAAAUCAUGUGACCCAAUUUCAAGGACAAAGCUCUGUGAUAUAAAAUCUGUGGCAUUCAAAUCUGGCCUUCAUUUACAAGGUGUAAAAUCUUCUGAGAUGACCCCAGGACCAGAGCCGCAAAAAGUGAAACCCUUAGAGUUAUCCCCAGGAACAAAGCUUCAAAGUGUGAAUUCUCUAGUAUUUGCACAAGAGCCACAGAUUUCAGGGGUAAAAUCUGGGGUAUUAAGCCAAGGGCAACAAUUACAAAGUGAUAAAACUAUAGAGUUGAACUUCCUACUGCACUUGAAAAGUAUGAAAUCAUCUGCGUUGGCUCCUCAGACAGAGCUUGAAGGUAUGAAAUCUGAGUUCAACUCUGGGCCACAGAGGCAAAGUGUCAGAUCUUCUAAGUUGAUACCUAAGACAGAGUCCCAAGAUAUGAAAUUUAUUGCGUUAAACCCCAGCUCACAAUUGAAAGAGAUACCAUUUUCUGACUUGACCAAGAGGACCAAGAUUCGAGAUGUGAAAUCUACAGGCUUUGAAACUUGGUCACAGUUGCAAGGUGUGAAAUCUUCUGAGUCCAUACCGAGGACAAAGCUUCAAGAAGUGAAAUUUAAACCUAGUCCAAAGUUACAAGGUGAAAAGUGUGAUUUGACCCUUGGGAGGAAGUUUCCAGGUGUGAAAUCUGUAGAGCUGGACUCAGGCCCACAGUUACAAGAUAUAAAAUCUUCUGAUUUGCUCAUGGGUAUAAAACUUCAAGAUAUAAAAUCCAAGAAGUUCAGUUCCGGACCAUACUUUCAAGGUAUAAAAUCAUCUGAGGUGAUCUCAGGCACAAAGCUUCAAGGUGUGAAAUUAAUGGACUUCGAUUCUGGACCAGAGAUGCAAAGUGAAAAAUUUUCUGAGUUGAUUCUAGGAACAAAACUUCAAGAUGUAAAAUCUGUAGAGUUCAACCAUUGUCCAAAGUUACAAGGUAUAACAUCUUCUGAGUUAAGACAAGAGACAAAGCUUCAAGAUGGGGAAUCUGUAGAGUUCAACUCAGGUCCAAAGUUGCAAGAUGUGACAUAUUCUAACUUGAUCUUGGGAACAAAGCUUCAAGAUGUAAAAUCUAUGGAGUUCAAGUAUGGAUCACACUUGCAGGAUAUGAAAUCUUCUGAAGUGAUCCCAAGGACAAAGCUUCAAAAAAUGAAAUCUGUGGAGUUUAUACCUGGGCCAACGUGGCAAGAUGUGAAAUCUUUUGAAUCUACUCUAGGAACGAAGGUACAGGAUAGAACAUCUUUGGGUUUCAACUCACCCCCACAGUUACAAGAUAGGAAAUUAUCUAUGUUGACACCAGCAAUAAGCCUUCAAGGUGUGAAAUCAACGGAAUUCAACCCUAGGGCAAAGUUGCAAGGUGUGAAAUCUGAGUUGAUAAAGCUUCAAACAAUGAACUCUACAGACAUCAACCCUGACCCAGAAUUGCAGGUUGCAAAACUCUCUGAGUUAGCCUUGGAAUCGAAGAUUCACUGUGUGGUACCUUCCGAGAUCAAUGCUGGAAAGCAGCAGCAAGAUGAGAUAUCUCAUAAAUUGAAUCCAUGGCCAGAGCUUCAAAGUGUACAAUUUUUGAUGUUCAGUCCUGGGCCACGUUUGCAACAUAGAAAAUCUUCAAAAUUAUGCACAGGGACAAAGCUGCAAGAAGAUGCAAAAUCUAUGGAAUUCAAUUCUGAGCAACAGUUGCACGAUGUGAAAUCUGAGUUAUGCCUGGGAACAAGGCUUCAAGAUACGCAAUCUUUAGAUUUUACGGCAUUAAACACGGGGCCACAGUUACAAGGUAUAAAAUCUUCUGAGUUGAAUCCUGGGCCAAAGCUUCAAGAUAUAAAUUCUAAAGUGUUCUGCCUUGGACCACAUUUGCAAGGCAUGAAUUCUUCUGCACCCAUUCCUGGGCCACAGCUUCAGUGUAUAAAUUCUCUCAGGUGCAACUCUGGGCCACAUUCACAAGGUGUGAAUUGUUCUGCAUCCAUUCCAGGGCCACAACUUCAGUGUGUAAAUUCUACUGGGUGCAACCCUGGGCUGCAUUUGCAAGGUCUGAAUUCUGUAUCUGUUCUAGGGCCACAACUUCACUGUGUAAAUUCUCUUGGGUGCCACCCUAGGCCACAUUCACAAAGUGUGAAUUCUUCUGCAUCCAUUCCAGGGCCACAAGUUCAAUGUGUAAAUUCUACUGGGUGCAACCCUGGGCCACAUUUGCAAGGUAUGAAUUCUACAUCCAUUCCAGGGCCACAACUUCAGUAUGCAAAUUCUACUGGGUGCAACCCUGGGCUGCAUUCUCAAGGUGUAAAUUCUUCUGCACCCAUUCUAGGGCUACAACUUCAGUGUGCAAAUUCUACAGGGUGCAACCCUGGGCCACAUUUUCAAAGUGUAAAUUCUUCUGCACCCAUUCCAGGACCACAACUUCAGUGUGUAAAUUCUAUUGGAUGCAACCCUGGGCCACAUUUGCAAGGUGUAAAAUUUUUUGAAUUGACUUCAGGGACAAAAUUUCAAGGUAUGAGAUCUUCUGAGUUGCAUCCAAGGCCAGAACUUCAGGGUAUCAAAUCUGUGCAACAUUCCCAAGAUGUAAAAUGUGAAUUGACUCCAGGAACAAAGUUUCAAGGCAUAAUGCCAAUAGAGUUCAACUCUGGCCCACAGAUGCAAAGUAUGAAUUCUUCUGAGUUGAAUUCAGAGUCAAAACUUCAUUCUGAGGGAUCUGCGGUGUUUGUAUCAGAGCCAUGUUCUCAAGAUGUAAAAUCUGUGAAGUUGAACCCAUGGCCACAACCUCAAAGCAUGAAUUCUUUAGGGUUGACAUCAUGCCUUGGGUCACAAUGUGUUGAAUCUGUGGUCUUUCCACCCAAAUCAUGUUUUCAAGAUAUAAAACCUGUGGCACUAACACGAGAGUCCCAACAGCAAGGCAGGAAUUGCCAAGAAUUGACUUUAGGAUGGGAAGGUGUGAAAUCAACAGUGUUGGCAUCAGAGCCAGCUAGGAAGUUCCUACCAGGACCAAUGUUGACUAGUGUCAAAUUUUCAAAUUUGUCUCCAGAAUCACAGCAACAAGGUGUGAAAUCUUUGGGGUUUACUUCAGAGCCAAAGUUGCAAAGUAUAAAACAUGUGAAAUUGUCUUCAGUGUCUCUGCAGCAAACUAUAAAAUCUGUGGAGUUAGCACCAGGUUCAUUGUUUCAAAGAGUGAAAUUUGGGGAGCAAAAUCCAAGAACAAGUUAUCAAAUCAUGGAAUCCUCUGAAAUAAUCCCUAGAUCAGAGCAUCCAUUUGUAAAAUAUGCUGAGAUGAUCCCAAAGCCAAGACAUCAAGUCCCUGAAUCUGUGAAUUUGAUUUCAGUACCAAUUUAUCAAGCCACAGAAUCUAUAGAAAUGGCACAAGGGUUGGCACAUAAAGGCCCAGAAACUGUAGAGAAAUCUGUGGGGUUGACCCCAAAGCUACUGGGGACAACCCCUGGUCGCAUUUGUAAAGUUAUGGAUUCUUUAGGGUUGCCUCUGAAGCUAGAUCUUCAAGUCCCAAAAUUUGUUGAUCUGAUUCCAGUACUAAAGGAUCAAGGCUCAAAAUCCUUAGAAUUAACUCCAGAGAAAAGCUACCAAACCCCAGAAACCCUGGAAUUUGUCUCUCAGUCAUGGCCUCAAAUUAAGGAUUUGGGGCAGUUAUAUACAAGGCCAUUGCAAAAAAUUGUGGAAUCUGAAGGGAUUACCCUGGAGCUCAAGCACCACAUUACAGAAGCUCUGGAGCUGACCUCUGAGGCAAGGCUGCAAGGGAAGGAAUUCCUUGGAAUAACCCCAAAGGCAAUAAGUCAAGCUACUGGAUUUGAAGAGCUAUCUCCAAGGCCCUAUCCUCAAGAUUUAGAAUCUAUGGAAGUGAUCUCUGAGAAAAGACUUCAAAGGGAAUCUGUAGUAUUGAUUCCACAGUCAUUAUAUCAUAUCCCAGAUUCUACUUCAGGGAUGACACCAGGGCUUGGACAUCAAAUUCCUAAAUCUGUGGAGUUGACUUCUAAGAUAGGGCUACAAAUGGAGAAACCAAUGGAAUUGACCCCAAAACAACAACAUCAUGUGAGAUCUUCAGGGAUAACACUAGGGUUAAGACACCAAGUCCCAGAAUCUGUAAGUUCAGCCUCUGAGCAAAUGGAGGACUCUUUAGAGUUAUCCCCGAAGCAAACAUGUCAUGUUGUGGGAUAUGCAGAAUCGGUAGAGCCCAUCUCUAAGACAUGGCAGCAAAAGAAGGUAUCAAUGGGGCCAAUACAGUCAAAGAAUCAAAGUAUGAAAUAUUCAGAGAUGGCACCAGGACCACAGGGUCAAAUUAUAGAAUUUAGGAGGAUUAGUCCAAAGCCACUAGAUCAAGUCACAGAAUCUGCAAGGACACAGCUUCAAGUUGCUCAUUCAGUAGGGGUAACCCCAGUAGAUCCCCUAAAAGUUGUUGAAUCUGUGAAAAUGACCCCUGGGUCACCACUUAAAGUUGUGAAGUCUGUGAUGACACCAGGACCAACCCCUCAAAUGGUAGAAUAUGUUGAACUGACUCCACAACUGCAAGAUGUGAGACCUUCAGAGUUUACCUCAAGGCUAUGGUUGCAAAAUGUAAAAUCUAAGAAAUUAAUCACAGAGCCAACACACCAGAUUUUGGAAACAAUGGAUUUGAAAGAGUUUCAAAUUGUAAAGACUAUGUUAAUCCCAGGGCCAUCCUUUCAAAUCGUAAAAUCUGAGGAAUUAGCACCAGGACCAAUUCCUCAGGUUGUAGAACCGCUAGGAGUAGCCUUAGGAUCAAGAAUUGAAGUAAUGGAUUGUUUGGAUUUACUCCCAAGGCCACAUCUUCAAGAACUGGUGGAACCUGUAGAAUUAACUCCCAGGCCAAAUAUUCAAGUUAAAAUUGAAGAAUUAACCUCACAGCAAACAUCUUCAUUUGUGGAACCUACAGUAUUGACUCAUAAACAAGGGCGUCAGGCUGGGAAAUCUACAGCGAUAAAAACAGAGCUUCCCAAAGUCGUGAAAUCUGAGGAUUUGAAUCUAGGACAAGUGUGUCAGAAUAGGGAAUCUGAGGAGUUAAUAUCAGAAGAGUUACAAGUAGGGACUAACUUCUCUAGGUUCCUACACAGGUCUUCAACCACAUUCAUUUCAAGCUCUGUCAAAACAUCUGAAUCAGGGGGCCUUUGGGAUUCUGGCAUGCCAGAAGUAUCAAGAGUUUUGGAUAGAAAAAACCUUGGGACAGAUAUUUUUCAGCCCAAAGACCCUAUUAUGAUACAGUCUUCAACUCUUCCCUUGGGCCUUCAUAAUCAACCCUCUGAUAAGAUAGCUAAUACUGUGGAAAUCCCACAUCCUGAGAUCCCAGGAGUGGAUGUCAUAUCUAAGGAGAAAACUAAGAGGAAGCAGAUGGAGGAACUAGAGAACUCACUCCAGAGUCAUCCACUACAAAGCUGGAGAUCACCACCCAGGACAUCCCAGGCAGACUCAGGGGCUCGAAGAGGCCUUAUCAAGUCUUUCCUGGGCAGACAACAGAAUGUCUGGGAGAGUCGUGCCUGGAGGCAGCGAUUACCUAGAAAAUAUCUCUCCACUAUGCUAAUGCUGGGGAAUGUCUUGGGGACCACUAUGGAAAGGAAUCUUUGUUCUCAAACUUCUUUAACAGAAAGAACUACUGCAGAUACCUGUCAAUCUAUUCAGCAUUUAUUUGGGGUUCCAGCUGAACUGAUGAAAUUUUCCCAGAGCCUGCUACAGAAAGGCCCAUAUACUAUUUCUCAGUCUUCAGUGAUCAAAAACUACAUUCAAAGACACACUUUAUGUGAUGGUCAUGAGAAAAGAAUGGCCUUAAGGAUGUGGACACGUGGCUCCACAUCUUCCAUAAUACAGCAAUACUCUGGGACUAAAGUGAGAAUAAGGAAAGCAAAUUCAAUGGUCAGUGAUAUAUCUCAGAAAGUCAUUCAGCACAUGCCUAUCUCAUGUGCAGGGGGCCAGCUUCCUGCCCCAGUAAAGUCAGAGUCUUCCCUCAGGAUACUUUACAACAGGGAAGAUCCUGUUCUAGUGGAAGAGUAUGAGAACCCACAGACAAGGAUUUUUGAGUCCCAAUACUCCCUCAAGCCAAGUUAUCUUCCCCAGGCGAAGACUGACUUCUCAGAACAGUUCCAGUUGCUACAAGAUCUGCAGCUAAAAAUAGCAGCAAAACUCUUAAAGAGUCAAAUGCCCCCCAAUGUGCCUCCACCUCUAGCUUCAGGUCUGGUCCUAAAAUACCCUAUCUGCCUACAGUGUGGCCGAUGUUCAGGAUUUAAUUGCUGUCACAAAUUACAGGCCACUUUUGGGCCUUAUCUUCUUAUCUAUCCACAGCUCCACCUUGUAAGCACUCCCGAAGGCCAUGGCGAGAUUCGGUUGCAUCUUGGCUUUAGGUUACGAACUGGGAAAAGACCCCAAAUCACAAAGUAUCAUGGACGAGACAGACCCAUCAUACCAAGGAGCCCUAUAUCACCAUCACAAAGGAAAGCUAAAACCUAUACUCAAGCUUUCAAGAGUCCUACUUCCACAAAAGAUUUUCAGUCUGGGUCUUCCCGGUCUCCUGCUCCUGUCCAAGUUCAUAUCAGGCGAAGGCAAUAUGCCAGCUCUGACUUAGUAGAAAAGACAGACAUCAGAGAGCCUGGGCACUAUGAAUUCACUCAAGUUCACACUCUACCAGAGAGUGACUCUGAAAGCAAUCAGAAUGAAAAAUGGGCUAAAGUGAGAACCAAAAAGACCUCUGAUUCAAAAUAUCCAAUGAAGAGUAUCAGCAAAGGACUUAGAAAACAAAACACAAAAUUCCACAAAAACAGUAGAACCACAAUAGAGAGUUCCUGUCAGGAAUUACCAUCUCCUUUAAGAAGGAAGAGUGUUGGAGCAUCUCAGACAAGUACUGCGUCUAUAAAAAGACCACCUAAGAAAUCCUCCCAACCCAAGCUCAUGCAACUGCUUUUUCAGGGCCUAAAGCAGGCAUUCCAAACAGCACACAGAGUUAUAGCUGUUGUUAGGCAGAAGCCUGAGGACAGGGCAAGGCCAGAUAAUUUGUCAAGCAAAAACUACCAUCCAAAACAAAAAGCCACGGACUAUUGCUCACCAGGAGAUAUCAAAAGAGACAGGAUGCCAGUUGCCAAGCUAAGGCCAACAGGCUCAACCACUAAGCAUGAGGACAUAUUGUGGGGAGGAACAGACCAAUGUAGAUCAGCUCAACAGCAAAAAAGAGAGAGGUCUUUCCAACCCAGACCUCUCCAGCUGCCCAAUCCCACAGGUUCCCAAACUAGCUCAGCUGGGCAGCCUUUGGGCAUAGUUCAAAAGGAUAGUAGCCACAGAGCAAAGGAACACUUUUACAGAAACGAAAUCUCCAGCAAGAAGUCUAAGAACUUGUCCAAACCAGGAACCAGAGUUCAGCCCCGAGGGAGAAUCCUACCCAGUUCCCCUAUGAAGAGAACCAGGUACAGUCGUUGUAAAGAGAGACUCACACACAAGGGGCAAAACCACCACAGCUUGCAUUGGGAAAGAACCCCACGUCAUCCCUCUGAGAGAACCCUUCACAGUUCCUCUGAGAGGAAUCCUCGCAGUCCUUCUGGGAGAAACCAUCUCAGCCCCUCUGAGAGAACCAUUCAUACCCUCUUUGAGAGGAGUCCUCGAAGUCCCUCUGGGAGAAAGCCUCGCAGCCCCUCUCAGAGAACCAUUCACAGUCUCUUUGAGAGGAGUCUUCGCAGUCUCUCUGAGAGGAGCCCUAGCAGCCCCUCUGUGAGAACCUCUCGCAGCCUCUCUGAGAGGAGCCCUCGUAGUCCCUCUGUGAGAACCUCUCGCAGCCUCUCUGAGAGGAGCCCUCGUAGUCCCUCUGGGAGGAGACAUGACAGACCCUUGGAGAGGAGCUUCCACAGUCGCUCUGAGGGGAGUCAUCACAGUCUCUCUGAAAGGAGACGUCACAGACCCUCUGAGAGAAGUCAAAGACCCUUGGAGGGGAGCCGACGCAGCCCCUCUGAGAGGAGCCGACGCAGUCAUUCUGAGAGGAGGCCACGUAGUCCCCUUGAGAGGAGCCAUCUCAGUCCCUCUGAGAGGAGCCGACGCAGUCAUUCUGAGAGGAGGCCACAUAGUCCUAUUGAGAGGAGCCGACGCAGUCACUCUGAGAGAACCCAUGACAGUCCCACUAAGAGAACCCUUCACAGUCCCUCUGAAAGGAGCCGACGUGGUCCCCCUAAGGAGAGACUCAAGCACAGUUCCCCUAGGGAGAGGCCCAGGCAUAUUUUAUCUCAAGAUUUGAAGAGUUACUACUCAAACAUGUCUUCUACGGAGCACACAAAAAAAUCCAAAAGCAGGGCAAGUUUGGAGGCCUGA